AUGGCAAACUUCUUCUACAUCUGUUGCGGUGUAGCUUCCCUUCUCCUGUUGUUUCCGUCUCUCUGUGUUUUGAGAAUCUUCAUAGGGAAAUCUCUAGGCAGCAAGGCUCCACCUGUGAAAGGAACUAUGUUCCAUUUGCUUAGAUGCUUGGAUAGUCUCUAUGAUUACCAAACAGAAGUUGCUGCCCAUAACAAGACAGUCAGGUACCUUUUCUUCUCCCAGAGCGAAGUCUACACUGCAGACCCGCAGAACAUCGAGUAUAUCCUGAAGACCAACUUUGCUAACUAUGACAAGGAGAUAACGAAGGUUCUUAUUGGAGAUGGUAUUUUUGCAGUGGAUGGUCAGAAAUGGCGUCACCAAAGAAAAGUAGCAAGCUACGAGUUCUCCACCAAGAUGCUGAGAGAUUUCAGCAGCGUCGUUUUUCGGACGAACGCAGCUGUUCUUGCACAGAAGAUUUCAGAUAAUGCAGAGGCCGAUCUGCCCAUGGAUAUGCAUGAAUUAUUCACUAAAUAUUCCAUGGACUCCAUAUUCGAAGUUGGAUUUGGGCUCAAAUUGAAUAUUUUGGAUGGAUCUAAUGAGGAAGUGAUUACAUUCGCCAAGGCUUUUGAUGAAUCGAACGCUUUGACAUUUCACGGUUACGUUGACUUAUUCUGGAAGGUCGAGAGAUUUUUCAAUGUUGGUACAGAAGCAACACUCAGAAAAAAUAUUCCAGUGACUAAUGAGUUCAUCUAUAAAAUCAUCAGUUCUAGACGGAAGCAGUACUUGUGCCAUCAAAGUUCAUAUGUGAAGAAAGAUAUUCUGUCAAGGUUCCUUUUGGAAAGUGAGAAGAAUCCGGAGACCAUGAACGAUGGUUACUUGAGGGAUAUCAUUUUGAACUUCGUGUUUGCCGGGAAAGAUACGAGUGGGGGCACGCUUUCAUGGUUCAUAUAUUUGCUCUGCAAGCAUCCUCUUAUACAAGAGAAGAUUGCACAGGAGGUCAAGGAGAUAGUUGGUUCUUGUGAAAAAGGACAGUUUACUCAGUUUGUGGAAAAACUUACAGAAGGGGCAUUAGAAAAGCUGCAGUAUCUUCAUGCUGCUUUGAGUGAAACCUUGAGAUUGUACCCUGCAGUCCCCGUUGAUAGGCAGUGUGCGUGCAAGGAUGACGUUCUCCCUGAUGGAUUCAAAGUGAAGAAAGGUGAUGGUGUCAACCAUGUAACUGUCAACCAUGUAACUCAUGCGAUGGGCAGAAUGAAGUAUAUCUGGGGCGACUAUGCGGAGGAUUUCCGGCCUGAGAGAUGGCUCCACGACGGAGUUUUCAGACCAGAAUCCCCUUUCAUAUUUCCAGCAUUUCAUGCUGGUCCACGAACGUGCUUGGGUAAAGAUUUCGCGUACCGGCAGAUGAAGAUAGUAGCUGCACUGCUUACUGCUUUCUUUAGAUUCCAAUUAAAGGACCCAUCUAAAGAGGUGACUUGCAAAACCAUGCUGACUCUUCACAUUGAUCAGGGCCUUCAUGUUCGUGCAGUUCACCGCCAUCUGUGAGAGGCAACCGUCUUAUUCACGAGGCAACAUCAUAUGAAAUAUGAAUGUAUGGUUGUAAUGAAACUUUG